GCUCCGGCGGCCUUCCCGGCGUGCCCCGCGCGCAGGGACUCUUAUCUGGAAGCUCGGGGUGACUCAGCCGCGGGACCGGGUCGGUGGGGGCGCCGCUGCGAUAGCACAGCGGGUCCCAGCGGCGUCUGGUUGCGCGCCUUCCCGGCGACUUCCGGGCCCGAGCACAACGGCGAGCGACGGACUUGGCCAUGACAGCAGAGCUGUGGUAGGUCGAGCUCCACCAGCCGCUGUUUUCGUGAAGGAAGCACAGUGCCGAUUCCAACAGCCCGUCUUUCAUCUUUGUCUUGCACAGAAGGAGCAAGUGUUCCUCUUGAUCAGGCCAACGGUAGAGGAGAAUAUAGAGUCCAAGAAUGAAUGUUCACCAGGGCAGUGAUGGUGACAGGUUACUGCGGCAAGAGACUAGCUGUCUGGUAGAUGAGACCUUAGCUGCCACUCAAGAAAAAGAAAGCAGCAGCCUGGUGUCGUCCGCUCUUCAUGGUCUCCCAUAUUCCCUAGCUUCCAGGAAUGAAGAACUUCCACUUGACUACACCCCUCAGCCCUCAAGUCUUCAGUUCCCCCACAUAAUGGCACUUCCGGAAGACGUCAAGGGUGCCUGCUUCCAGAGUGGGAAUAAGCGGAGCCAAGAGCCCUUCGUCUCUCCAGAGAGGUUUGGAAACAGUGGCAUGGGCUUUGGCAGUAGCUCUCACUCCCAAGCACCUGAGAAAGUGACGCUUCUUGUAGAUGGUACACGCUUUGUUGUAAAUCCACAGAUUUUCACUGCUCAUCCGGAUACCAUGUUGGGAAGGAUGUUUGGACCAGGAAGAGAAUACAACUUCACAAGGCCCAAUGAGAAGGGGGAGUAUGAGAUUGCGGAAGGGAUCAGCGCAACAGUGUUCCGCACAGUGCUGGAUUAUUACAAAACUGGCAUCAUCAAUUGUCCUGAUGGCAUCUCUAUUCCAGACCUUAGAGACACAUGUGACUAUCUCUGCAUUAACUUUGACUUCAACACUAUCCGAUGUCAAGAUCUGAGUGCUCUACUCCACGAACUGUCCAAUGAUGGUGCUCACAAGCAGUUUGAUCACUACCUUGAGGAACUGAUUCUGCCCAUCAUGGUGGGCUGUGCCAAGAAAGGAGAGCGAGAGUGCCACAUCGUCGUGCUGACAGACGAGGAUUCUGUAGACUGGGAUGAAGACCACCCCCCACCCAUGGGGGAAGAGUAUUCCCAAAUUCUUUACAGUUCCAAGCUCUACAGAUUCUUCAAGUAUAUUGAGAAUCGAGAUGUUGCUAAAACAGUAUUGAAAGAACGGGGCCUGAAAAACAUUCGCAUUGGAAUUGAAGGUUACCCUACCUGUAAAGAAAAAAUUAAGAGAAGACCUGGUGGGCGGUCUGAAGUUAUCUACAAUUACGUGCAACGCCCCUUUAUCCAGAUGUCCUGGGAAAAGGAGGAAGGAAAGAGUCGCCAUGUGGAUUUCCAGUGUGUUCGCAGCAAAUCCCUCACUAAUCUGGUGGCUGCCGGCGAGGAUGUCUUAGAAGACCAGGAGAUAAUAAUGCACCACCCACCACAAGUGGAUGAACUUGACCGGCUGAAUGCUCCACUUUCUCAGAUGGCUCCAAAUGACUUUCAGGAUUAGGGACAGCGAGAGCCCCUCCCCCUUGCUGGAGCUCUACUCUGGGGGAUUCCCCCGCCAGGCUUCCCUGUGGUCUCUCACCCUGAGGAGAUGCUUCUCUCCUGUCUACUUCGUUCCCCUCACAGUUAUCAACACCCUUUGUAAGUCUGUGCCUCUGGCAAGGGUGAGGAAGCUCUCUGGUGAUUACCAAUUUUGCAGCAGCCCUGGUAACAUGAACAUUUUGGGUUUGGUGCUGUUCAUUGUCUGCAUAGCUGCAAAAGCAGGAAAGGACAGAUUCCUUUUGCAUCAGGCAAAUUGCUUAGCAGCAAAGGGACCAAACAUCACAGGAGACAAUCUGUCUGCUAGAGCAGGCCCUAGGGUGCUGUGCCAGGGCUGGGUGAGAAGCCCUGGGGUACUGCACCCAGAUGGCAUCAGGAAAGGAUGUCUGAAAGGGAAUUCUCAAGUGUAAGUUCAGCUUUGCUUCUCAUUAGUUGAAGGAGCAGUCGAAAAACGAGACAGGUUCUUUGGCAGGAAGAACAGUGACAGAAGUGUUUGUGAAACCUUUCAGCAUCAAGUUUAUGAACCUAAACAAGCUGAUGCUUCAUUGGGAACGAAGCUUCCAAUUCCAAGUUAAGUGGCAGAACUCUUUGGACUCUGACUGGAAGCCACAGGUCGUAACACCUGGGCCAGACAUUGCUGUGGGUGUGGCCAGCAGACCUGAGAUGGGGCUUGAAGGCUUUCAAGAUGAGGACAGAGAUUCUCACAAGUGCCCAGUAUAAUCCUAGGAGAAGGCAUUUGGGACCAGCUGGGCAGGAACUGUCACCUGUGCAGGCUGUCCAGCCUUGGCAGAGUCUUCCCCAUGUUUUUCUCACACCAUGCAGUUUGGUACAUUUGAGCUUUUUAAGUAGCCUAUUAGCUGUUCACACUGGAUAAGAAAAACAGUGUUUCUGUCAUGCCCCAAGUCAGGUCCAGGCCUGGUCAUUUUGUUUGAUGUGAGCUCUUACACGUAUGGUGGAUGACAAUCCAUAUCAUCCCUUCCUCUCAGAUUUCCAUGGCUGUUAGAAUGCUAAGUCUAGAGGUCUAGAGCCCAGAGCCAGAUAGUGUGCUUGGGGGUUGCCUCCUACUUCCUGGUAGAAGUGGACCUUCCAGUCAGUCCCCCACCCUGGGCAUUUCCCAUCUCAGAUGGCACAUAAACUGUUUCCUUCAAGCCCCUAAAGGAAAGACCAUGGCUGGUUUGCUUAGGUUCUGCUCCCAUAAGGUAAUCGGAGCAAGCUACUUGUUGCAUAGAAUCAGGGUUUUGGAAACUUCUCACUGCAGGACUGAAGAACAAAUGUUCUUCAAAGCAUGUUUUCUGUGCAUGUGACCAGCAUCACAGCGGGAAUCAGUGCAAGAUCUUCCUCACUGAGAAAAACCAGAAGGAAGUGGUCCCUCAGUUUUUCUGAUCAUUGUUGUCUUGGCAAGGCCAGCGGCCAGUGUUUGGGUCAAGGGUUAGGAUUACUUGUGGCUGGAGGUUACUUCCACGAAGUUAAUUGGCUCAUGUUUGAGGUUGGGUUUGGCCUUGCCCUUACUGGUACCACAUUCAUGCCCGCUAGCAGGUCAACCUAGAUCCUUCUUUAAUGGUGCUUCCUUUAUGCUUCUUGGCCAUGUGAAGUAUGUUUGUGUGUCUGUGACAUAACACUCAACAUGUCACAGCUAACACUUGAAAACUAAAUUUGUUUUUUCUUGGGUGAAAAAAAAAAGAUGAAACUUGGUACUGCAUCCUGUGUAAUCAGUUAAUUGCUCCAGGCUUUUAUGAACUAGGUCUCCACCUCCACCCCCACCUCCCCAAAAAUGUAGGUUAACAUGCUUAUGGACCCAGCCCAUGGGGUUGAAUUAGAUAGAAAAGUGUGGAGGCUAAUCCAGUCACUGGGGGUAGUGACUGAAGGGAAAAUUGGAACCCCACGGGUUUCUUCUGGGAGAGAAGCUUCUGUACCCCAAGCCCCAGUCUUUCCAGUUGUCCCCAGAGUUGGGACAUUAUUCAGUGGCAGGACCUCACAGGAUCUAGGGCUGGGUUAGUCUCCAGAAUGGUUACUGGCCACAUGGACAAGAAGAAUUCCCCUAAUAAAAAUGGAAUUUGGGCUUGGUGUCUUUCUAAGUGCCUACGCAAGUAACCAGGCUGUUUGCAUGGAACAGUCUCUUAAGAGAAUGUUUACCCAGGGGCUUAGCAAGAUAAACCUGAACUUGAGACUUAAGAGUCCUCGGUUUGUGUCUGUGUCACAUCUUGUAGAAAAUACCUGCCACUGAGGAGCUGAAGAGAGACAAAGAAGACAGUAUUAAGACUCAGAUUAUGACCUGGUUUCUCCACGGUGGAAAAAGAUACUGAAGGGAUGACCACAAAAGGAGUUAGAUAGAAGCUGGCCUACUAUACAGCAUGCCGUAGCUGAGAGUGUAGUGUGGUAUCUGAAGCCUACAGGCCUGUGGAGGUGCUCUGCAGCAGCCUGCGGAGGGUUGGGUGCCUGCAGUCCAGAGAGGCUGUCUAUAGGUAAAAUAAGUACUUGGAUCAUAGUCUUCGACUUAAAUUGUCACACAGUGUGACUCAGUCUCUUAAGGGAUUUUAGUGGUGAUUGAUGCCACUUCUUGUCAUUGGUUUGAAACUGAAAAGGUUUGUAAUGAGCUCAGCAGCAAGCCAGAGCUUCCAGGAGAUGGAGCCAUGUUGUCUGGACAGGAUCACUUCGAAUUACAUUUUCUCCAAAGGGCAAAAUGCUUGUAGGUUUUGCCUGUUUACUUUGUAUUUACUUCUGAAGUUGCACUUGUUCACCUACCAGUGUUUACGAAAUCCUGUACAUGGGGUCCUUUUUCUAUAAUAAAAUAUUUUCAUUUGU